AAAGCUAAGAUCCGCAGAGCUGUCGAGGCUGAAGGGAUACCUUACACUUAUUUAGUAUCUAAUGGUUUUGCUGGUUAUUUGAAUUAUUUCCUUAACCCCUUUGGAGACUCUAGCUCUGCAAGUCCUCCCAGAGACAAAAUUGUCAUUCUUGAUGAUGGAAAUCCAAAAGUCGUUUUCUCGAAGCAAGAAGACAUAGCUGCAUACACCAUUAAAGCAGCAGAUGAUCCAAGGACCCUGAACAAGAUUGUGUACCUUAGACCACCUGCCAACACUCUGUCCUACAACGAAAUAGUAUCAUUGUGGGAAAGGAAAAUUGGCCAGACCCUCGAAAAGAUUUACCUUCCAGAGAAGGAAGUCCUUGAGAAAAUCCAGGAGGCUUCAAUGCCAUUAAAAUUCAUCCUGUCUCUGGGAUACACGGUUCUUGUGAAGGGAGAAAUGGCCAACUUUGAGAUCGAGGCUUCUCUUGGCAUGGAGGCAACGGAUGUCUAUCCCGAUGUGAAAUGCACCGCACUUGAUGAGUACCUCAAUCAGUUUGUAUCAGAGUAG